AGGGGGCUGCGGUGCCAGGAGGGAAGCGCCUGUCGCCCGGAGUUCUGAGCCACUACCUCAGCAGCCAGCUUGACUCUGCGACCAGUCCCUUGGCUCCCUCUCCAGGCUAGCCAUUCAACGGCGGCGGCAGCUUCACGGGCACUCCGGGGCUCUCCCAGAGCAGCCGAAGUGAGGGGCAGAAGAGACCAUGGCCCGCCUCUGCAGCCCCCGGCAGCCCCCCAGCGAAGACCUCUUCUACGAGACCUACUACAGCCUGAGCCAGCAGUACCCGCUAUUGCUCCUGCUCCUGGUGAUUGUGCUGUGCACGCUCCUGGCACUCCUAGCUGUGGCCUGGGCAAGCGGCAGGGAGCUGGCCUCAGACCCGGGCUUCCUGACCACUGUGCUGUGCGCACUGGGCGGCUUCUCGCUCCUUCUGGGCCUGGCUUCCCGCGAGCAGCGACUGCAGCUCUGGACGCGUCCCCUGUCGGGCCUUGUGUGGGCAGCGCUGCUUGCGCUGGGCCACGGCUUCCUAUUCACCGGGGGCCUAGUGAGCGCCUGGGACCAGGUGUCUUUUUUUCUAUUUGUCAUCUUCACCGUGUACGCCAUGUUGCCCUUGGGCAUGCGGGACGCUGCCGCCGCGGGCCUGGCCUCUUCGCUCUCGCACCUGCUGGUCCUCGGGCUGUAUCUUGGGCCUCAGCCGGACUCACGGCCGGCGCUGCUGCCACAGCUGGCAGCAAACGCGGUGCUGUUCCUGUGCGGGAACGUGGCGGGCGCGUACCACAAGGCGCUGAUGGAGCGCGCGUUGCGCGCCACAUUCCGUGAGGCGCUCAGUUCCCUGCACUCGCGCCGGAGGCUGGACACGGAGAAGAAGCACCAGGAACACCUUCUCUUGUCUAUCCUUCCUGCCUACCUGGCCCGAGAGAUGAAGGCAGAAAUCAUGGCACGGCUGCAGGCUGGACAAGGUUCACGACCAGAGAGCACCAAUAACUUCCACAGCCUUUAUGUCAAGAGACACCAGGGAGUCAGCGUGCUAUAUGCUGACAUCGUGGGCUUCACACGGCUGGCCAGUGAGUGUUCCCCUAAGGAGUUGGUGCUCAUGCUCAACGAGCUCUUUGGCAAGUUCGACCAGAUUGCCAAGGAGCAUGAAUGCAUGCGGAUCAAGAUCCUGGGCGACUGUUACUACUGUGUCUCUGGGCUGCCGCUCUCGCUGCCAGACCACGCCAUCAACUGUGUGCGCAUGGGGCUGGACAUGUGCCGGGCCAUCAGGAAACUUCGGGCAGCCACUGGCGUGGACGUCAACAUGCGUGUGGGCGUGCACUCGGGCAGUGUGCUCUGCGGAGUCAUUGGGCUGCAGAAGUGGCAGUAUGAUGUCUGGUCUCAUGAUGUCACACUGGCCAACCACAUGGAGGCAGGAGGCGUACCAGGACGAGUACAUAUUACAGGGGCUACCCUGGCCCUGCUGGCAGGGGCUUAUGCUGUGGAGGAUGCAGCUGUGGAGCACCGGGACCCAUACCUUCGGGAGCUGGGGGAGCCUACCUACCUGGUCAUUGAUCCCCGGGCUGAGGAGGAGGAUGAGAUGGGUGCUGCAGGAGGGUUGCUGUCCUCUCUUGAGGGCCCCAAGAUGCGUCCAUCACUGCUGAUGACCCGCUACCUGGAGUCCUGGGGUGCAGCCAAGCCUUUUGCCCACCUGAGCCACAUAGAGAGCCCUGUGUCCACAUCCACCCCUCUUCCGGAGAAGGCCCUGGCUUCCUUCAGCCCCCAGUGGAGCCUGGACCGGAGCCGUACUCGACUAGAUGAUGACCUGGACACUGGGGAUGCCAAGUUCUUCCAGGUCAUUGAACAGCUCAACUCUCAGAAACAGUGGAAGCAGUCGAAGGAUUUCAACCCACUGACACUGUACUUCAGAGAGAAGGAGAUGGAGAAAGAGUAUCGACUCUCUGCACUCCCUGCCUUCAAAUACUACACAGCCUGCACCUUCCUGGUUUUUCUCUCCAACUUUGUCAUCCAGAUGCUGGUGACAAACAGGCCCCCAGCUCUGGCCAUCACCUAUAGCAUCACCUUCCUCCUCUUCCUCCUCCUCCUCCUCGUCUGCUUCUCAGAGCACCUGAUGAGGUGUGUUUUGAAAGGCCCCAAGAUGUUACACUGGCUGUCUGCACUGUCUGGCUUGGUAGCCACACGACCCGGACUGCGAGUCGCCCUGGGCACCGCCACCAUCCUCCUCGUUUUCGCCAUGGCCAUUACCAGCCUGUUCUUCUCACCAGCAGCAUCGAACUGCCCUUUCCAGGCCCCCAAUGUGUCCUCCAUAGCGUGCAACCUCUCCUGGGAGCUUCCUGGAUCCCUGCCUCUCGUCAGCAUCCCAUACUCCAUGCAUUGCUGCGUGCUGGGCUUCCUCUCCUGCUCCCUCUUCCUGCACAUGAGCUUCGAGCUGAAACUGACGCUGCUCCUGCUGUGGCUGGCGGCCUCCUGCUCCCUCUUCCUGCACUCCCAUGCCUGGCUGUCCGACUGCCUCGUCGCCCGCCUCUAUCUGAGCCCCCUGGACUCCAGGCCAGGGGUGCUGAAGGAACCCAAACUGAUGGGAGCUAUCUCCUUCUUCAUCUUCUUCUUCACCCUCCUUGUCCUGGCUCGGCAGAAUGAGUAUUACUGCCGCCUGGACUUCCUGUGGAAGAAGAAGCUGAGGCAGGAGCAGGAGGAGACAGAGACGAUGGAGAACCUGACUCGGCUGCUCUUGGAGAACGUGCUCCCUGCCCAUGUGGCCCCCCAGUUCAUUGGCCAGAACCGGCGCAAUGAGGACCUCUACCACCAGUCCUACGAGUGUGUCUGUGUCCUGUUCGCCUCAGUCCCAGACUUUAAGGAGUUUUACUCUGAAUCUGACAUCAACCAUGAGGGGCUAGAGUGUUUGAGGCUGCUCAAUGAGAUAAUUGCUGAUUUUGAUGAGCUGCUCUCCAAGCCCAAGUUCAGUGGGGUGGAGAAGAUCAAAACCAUUGGCAGCACCUACAUGGCAGCUACAGGCUUAAAUGCCACCUCUGGACAGGACACACAGCAGGAUGCUGAACGAAGCUGCAGCCACCUUGGUACCAUGGUGGAGUUUGCGGUGGCCCUUGGAUCUAAGCUGGAUGUCAUCAAUAAGCACUCUUUCAACAACUUCCGCUUGCGUGUGGGGUUGAACCAUGGACCUGUAGUAGCUGGAGUGAUCGGGGCUCAGAAGCCACAGUAUGAUAUCUGGGGCAACACAGUGAACGUGGCCAGCCGCAUGGAGAGCACAGGAGUUCUGGGCAAGAUCCAAGUGACUGAAGAGACAGCCCGGGCCCUGCAGUCAUUAGGCUACACCUGCUAUAUCCGGGGAGUCAUCAAGGUCAAAGGCAAAGGGCAGCUCUGCACCUACUUCCUCAACACAGAUUUGACACGAAUUGGACCUCCCUCAGCCACCCUGGGCUGAGACCUCCCACCCAACCCCUUCUACAUCUAAGAUCCUCAGUAAAGAGACUCUCGUAUGUCCAGAGCCAACUGAUGUUACAGCUGCAGGUAUCACUGGGGAUCACCUUCUCCUUGCCUCUCAGCAGGACAGCUUCUUCCCAGGUCAAACUGAAUGUAUGGGUGCAAGUGUGAGCAUGAUGUGUUUGAAAGGGGUGUUUCUCUCAAACUUAUGAAGACUGCCUCAGCCUUUCCGCCUGCUUGCCAGCCUGAUUCCAGUAGUUUGUACACCACAGAAGCAUAAAGAAUUUCAGCCACAUGA